UUAUGACUCCGUCGCCCCAGGAAACGUUUCUCAAUAAAUAAUUUUUCAUUUCACUGGGAAGUGAGAUUGGGGUACGUGGAGUCAUAACCCAGAGUCUCUGAAAAUUCUGCCCGAAAUUAGAAAAUAUAAAUAUGGAAAGCAUAUUCUGUGCUGUUGCAAUUACUACUAGCAGCAACUUCAGAACAAUAAUAUUAGUACAGUAUAAUGCCUCAAAAACUCAUGAGUAUGUAUCUGUGUGCAUAAAUAAGCCUGUUUGUAUUAUACACUCUAUAUUGUGUAUCUCAUGAUGUUCUUCGUAAUGGCGCCCCCAUAAUAUUUGCAGAUCUGGAUGGAGGGGGGUUAACACUAAGACUGGCUCUGUGGAUGUUGUUUUCCUGCUGAAUGGGCUGCUCAGAAAUAAACACAAACACUUCAUUAGAGGGGUAAAUGGAAAAUUAACUGGCGCUGCAGCUCGACCGGUUAUAUGACACGCCAGCAACACCAUCUUGUGGACAUGACAGGAAGGCAAUGGCGACACGUAAAGACAGACACAGAGAUCGAAACCCAAUGGAGGAAAGCUAUGAAGAGAGUGGCACCGUCUCUUAUCCGGGAGACACUCUGCCCUGGAACCUUUCCAAACUCCAAAGGGUCAAACGUUCCAAGUCAGCAUCGGGGGAGGUCCUGGAUCCAGCAGAGAGGGCUGUAAUUCGCAUCGCAGAUGAACGAGAUCGAGUACAGAAAAAGACCUUCACAAAAUGGGUGAACAAGCACUUGAUAAAGUCACAGCGUCAUGUAACAGACCUGUAUGAAGACCUUAGAGAUGGACAUAACCUGAUCUCUUUGUUGGAGGUCCUCUCUGGGGAAACACUGCCCAGAGAGAAAGGCCGCAUGAGAUUCCACAAGCUGCAGAAUGUACAGAUAGCACUGAACUUCCUCAAACACCGGCAGGUCAAGCUGGUGAACAUCAGAAAUGAUGACAUAGCAGACGGGAACCCAAAGCUGACCCUGGGGUUAAUAUGGACCAUCAUCCUCCACUUCCAGAUCUCAGAUAUUCAGAUCAAUGGCCAAUCAGAAGACAUGACAGCCAAGGAGAAGCUGCUGCUCUGGUCCCAGAGGAUGACUGACGGCUACCCAGGCAUCCGCUGUGACAACUUCACUACCAGCUGGAGGGAUGGCAAACUCUUCAACGCCGUCAUACACAGACACCAUCCCAGACUCAUUGACAUGGGCAAAUUGCACCAUCAGACCAACCUGCAGAACCUGGAACAGGCCUUCGUUGUAGCUGAGAGAGACCUGGGAGUGACACGCCUACUGGACCCUGAGGAUGUUGAUGUUCCACACCCUGAUGAGAAAUCCAUCAUCACUUACGUAUCAUCCUUGUAUGACGUCAUGCCUCGGAUUGAUGUACAUGACGGCGCCAGAGGCAAUGAGCUCGAGCUGCGCUGGCAGGAGUACUACGAGCUGGUGACUAUUAUCAUCCAGUGGAUCCGCCACCAUAUCGUGAUCUUCGAGGAGAGGAAGUUCCCCGCCAGCUAUGAGGAGAUAGAGCUUCUGUGGCGCCAGUUCUUGAAGUUCAAGGAAACAGAGCUGCCAGUGAAAGAGACUGACAAGAACCGUUCCAAACACAUCUACCAGUCCUUUGAGAGCGCUGUGCAUGCUGGUCAGGUGAAGGUCCCUCCAGGCUACCAUCCCAUUGAUGUGGAGAAGGAAUGGGGCCGACUCCAUGUGGCCAUCUUGGAGAGAGAGCGUCUGCUAAGGAUAGAGUUUGAGAGACUUGAGAGGCUCCAGAGGAUUGUCAGUAAAGUCCAGAUGGAGUCAGGGCUGUGUGAUGAGCAGCUCAACCACCUGGAGCAACUGCUGCAGACGGACAUUCGUCUGCUGAAUGCAGGGAAACCAGCUCAGCACACAGCAGAAGUGGAGAGGGAGCUGGAUAAGGCAGACCAAAUGAUUCGCCUACUCUUCAAUGAUGUACAGAUACUCAAGGAUGGGCGCCACCCUCAGGCAGAGCAGAUGUAUCGCAGGGUCUUCCGCAUCCAUGAACGCCUGGUGAACCUGCGCACUGAUUACAACCUUCGUCUGAAGUCUGCUGUGACUACAUCCCAGGUUUCUCUGGUACAACACUCUCAGCAGACUUCCAUGAAGAUGCGGCCUGAGUUGGAUGAUGUGACCCUGCGCUAUAUCCAAGACCUGCUGGCCUGGGUGGAGGAGAACCAGCGUCGCAUUGACGAAUCUCAGUGGGGAUCUGAUCUGCCCUCUGUAGAGUCCCAGCUGGGCAGCCACAGAGGCCUACACCAAACUGUGGAGGACUUCAAGUCCAAGAUUGGACGAGCCAGGGCUGAUGAGAGCCAGCUAUCUCCUAUCAGCCUUGGCACGUACAAAGAAUACCUGGGUAAACUGGAUCUACAGUAUGGCAAACUACUGACAUCUUCCAAGUCCCGCUUGAGGAACCUGGAAUCACUCCACAACUUUGUCAGCGCUGCCACUAAGGAACUGAUGUGGCUAAAUGAGAAAGAAGAGGAGGAGGUCAACUUUGACUGGAGUGACAGGAACACCAACAUGACUGCGAAAAAAGACAAUUACUCGGGUCUCAUGCGAGAGUUGGAGCUGAGGGAGAAGAAGGUCAAUGACAUCCAGGCCACAGGAGACAAGCUUAUCAAGGAUGGACAUCCUGGCAAGAAGACAAUUGAGGCCUUCACAGCUGCCCUACAGACUCAGUGGAGCUGGAUCCUCCAGCUAUGCUGCUGUAUUGAGGCUCAUCUCAAAGAAAACACAGCCUACUACCAAUUCUUCACUGAUGUAAAAGAGGCUCAGGACAAGAUGAAGAAAAUGCAAGAGAACAUGAAGAAGAAGUACAGCUGUGAUCGCUCCACCACAGCCACACGCCUGGAGGACCUGCUGCAGGAUGCUGUGGAGGAGAGAGAACAGCUGAAUGAAUUUAAGACUCUUGCAACUGGCCUGAACAAGAGAUCCAGGUCCAUCAUCCAGCUGAAACCACGUAACCCUACCACAUCCAUCAAAGGCAAACUGCCAAUUCAGGCUGUGUGUGACUUCAAACAGCAGGAGAUCACUGUCCACAAAGGAGACGAGUGUGCCCUCCUCAACAACUCUCAGCCUUUCAAGUGGAAGGUCCUGAACCACGCUGGACAUGAGUCAACAGUGCCAUCUGUCUGCUUCAUGGUUCCACCAGUCAACAAGGAGGCCGUGGACAGUGUGUCUAGUCUGGAUGCAGGUUAUCAGCAGAUGGUGUCCAUGUGGCAGACAUUGCACAUAGACAUGAAGAGUCUGCUGUCUUGGCAGUACUUGAUGAGAGACUUCACUCAGAUACGCUCCUGGAACAUCACCAUGUUAAAAACCAUGAAAGCAGAGGAAUAUAGGCUGAUUAUGAGGAACCUGGAGCUGCACUACCAGGACUACAUGCGCGAAAGCCAGGACUCGCAGCUCUUCGGCCCAGAUGACCGCAUGCAGGUCGAGGAAGACUACAACAAGUCCACCCAGCAUUUCGAAAACCUGAUUCGCUCCAUGGAGAAAGGUCAACAGGACGAGUCUCUGUGUAAGAACUACAUCUCUGAGAUCAAGGACCUGCGCCUGCGUAUAGAGAACUGUGAGGCUGGGACUGUGGCUCGCAUUCGCAGACCUAUGGACAAGGAACCUCUGAAAGAAUGUAUUCAGAAGACAACCGAGCAAAAGAAAGUCCAGAUAGAGCUCCAGGGCCUCAAGAAGGACCUUGAUAAGGUGUCUGUAAAGACACAGGACAUCUUGAACGCCCCACAGCCGUCUGCCUCUGCUCCCGUGCUGCGCUCAGAGCUUGACCUCACUGUUCAGAAGAUGGAUCACGCCCACAUGCUCUCCUCUGUUUACCUUGAGAAGCUGAAGACUGUGGAAAUGGUCAUCCGUAACACACAGGGUGCAGAAGGAGUUCUCAAGCAGUAUGAGGACUGUCUGCGUGAGGUUCACACUGUGCCCGGCGAUGUCAAGGAAGUUGAGGUUUACCGUGCAAAACUUAAGAAAAUGCGAACUGAGGCUGAGGGUGAACAACCUGUGUUCGAUUCUCUCGACGAAGAACUGAAGAAAGCCACCGCCGUGAGUGACAAGAUGACUCGCGUGCACAGCGAGCGCGACGCCGAGCUGGAUCACUACCGCCAGCUCCUGUCUAGUCUCCAGGACCGCUGGAAGGCUGUGUUCACCCAGAUCGACCUUCGCCAGAGAGAGCUUGAGCAGCUUGGCCGCCAGCUGGGCUACUACCGCGAGAGUUACGAUUGGCUGAUCCGCUGGAUUGGGGACGCCAAGCAAAGGCAGGAGAAGAUCCAGGCUGUGACCAUCACUGACAGCAAAACCCUGAAAGAACAACUCGCUCAGGAGAAGAAAUUGCUGGAAGAGAUUGAGAAGAACAAAGACAAAGUUGAUGAGUGUCAAAAAUAUGCUAAAGCAUACAUUGAUACUAUCAAGGACUAUGAACUCCAGUUGGUUGCCUACAAAGCCCAGGUGGAGCCUCUUGCUUCUCCCUUGAAGAAAACCAAACUGGAUUCUGCUUCUGACAACAUCAUUCAGGAGUAUGUAACACUGAGGACCCGGUACAGUGAACUGAUGACUCUGACUAGUCAGUACAUCAAGUUCAUCACAGACACACAGCGCCGCUUGGAGGAUGAGGAGAAAGCUGCAGAGAAACUCAAAGCGGAAGAGCAGAAAAAAAUGGCAGAGAUGCAGGCUGAGUUAGACAAACAGAAGCAGUUAGCUCAAGCUCACGCAAAGGCCAUUGCCAAGGCAGAAAAAGAGGCUCAAGAGCUGAAGCUAAAAAUGCAGGAAGAAGUAAGCAGAAGAGAAAUCGCUGCUGUAGAUGCAGAAAAGCAAAAGCAUAACAUCCAGCAGGAACUGCAUGAGCUCAAAAACAUAUCUGAGCAGCAGAUCAAGGACAAAAGCCAACAGGUGGAUGAAGCUCUGCAAUGCCGUGUCAAGAUUGAGGAGGAAAUCCAUCUCAUCAGGAUCCAACUUGAGACAACAGUAAAACAAAAGUCUACUGCAGAAUCUGAGCUCAAGCAACUUCGUGAUAGAGCAGCUGAAGCUGAGAAACUCAGAAAGGCUGCCCAAGAAGAGGCUGAGAAACUCCGCAAACAAGUGAACGAGGAGACCCAUAAAAAGCGAAUGGCAGAGGAAGAACUCAAACGCAAAUCUGAGGCAGAGAAGGAAGCUGCUAAGCAAAAACAAAAAGCUCUGGAAGACCUUGAAAAUCUCAAGAGGCAGGCUGAGGAGGCUGAAAGGCAAGUGAAGCAAGCAGAGAUUGAAAAGGAGAGACAAAUCAAAGUUGCUCACGAGGCAGCCCAGAAGAGCGCUUCUGCCCUGCUCCAGAGCAAACACAUAUCCUUUGUCGAAAAGACCUCAAAGUUGGAAGAAUCACUCAAACAAGAGCAUGGUGCUGUCCUUCAGCUGCAAGAAGAAGCUGCACAUCUCAAGAAACAACAAGAGGAUGCAGAAAAUGCCAGGGAAGAUGCAGAAAAGGAGCUUGAGAAAUGGAGGCAGAAAGCUAAUGAGGCCCUCCGUCUAAGACUCCAGGCUGAGGAAGAAGCCCACAAAAAGAGCCUACUUCAAGAAGAAGCCGAGAAACAAAAGGAGGAGGCUGAGCGUGAGGCUAAAAAGAGAGGCAAGGCCGAAGAAUCAGCCCUGAAGCAGAAGGACAUGGCCGAAAAAGAACUUGACAGGCAGAGAAAGGUAGCUGAGAGCACAGCUCAGCAGAAACUCACUGCAGAACAGGAGCUGAUUCGUCUCAGGGCAGACUUUGACAAUGCAGAACAGCAGAGAUCCCUCCUUGAAGAUGAACUUUACCGCCUAAAGAAUGAAGUCGUUGCAGCUCAGCAACAGAGGAAACAGCUGGAGGAUGAACUGGCCAAAGUGAAGAGUGAAAUGGAUGUACUCAUUCAACUCAAGACCAAGGCUGAAAAGGAGACCAUGUCCAACACAGAGAAGAGCAAACAACUUCUUGAAGCUGAAGCUUCCAAGAUGAGGGACCUGGCUGAGGAGGCAAGCAAGCUUAGAGCCAUUGCAGAAGAGGCCAAGCAUCAAAGGCAAGUUGCUGAGGAUGAGGCAGCUCGCCAGAGAGCAGAGGCUGAAAGGAUUCUCAAAGAGAAGCUGGCUGCAAUCAGUGAUGCCACUCGUUUAAAAACAGAGGCCGAAAUUGCCCUGAAAGAGAAGGAGGCAGAAAACGAGAGACUCCGGCGACAAGCUGAGGACGAGGCUUACCAGAGGAAAGCUCUUGAAGAUCAGGCCAACCAGCACAAGCAAGAGAUCGAGGAAAAGAUAGUCCUCCUCAAAAAAUCAUCCGAGGUUGAAAUGGAAAGACAAAAGGCAAUAGUGGAUGACACGCUGAAACAGAGGCGAAUUGUCGAAGAAGAAAUACGAAUUCUCAAGCUCAACUUUGAAAAGGCUUCAUCUGGAAAACUUGACCUGGAGCUAGAACUGAACAAGCUGAAAAACAUUGCAGACGAAACUCAACAAAGCAAGCUCAGAGCAGAAGAGGAGGCAGAAAAACUGAGGAAGCUUGCCCUCGAGGAAGAGAAGAGAAGGAGAGAAGCAGAGGAUAAGGUUAAGAAAAUCGCUGCUGCAGAAGAAGAGGCAGCCAGACAAUGCAAGACAGCCCAGGAAGAGCUCCAGCGUCUGAAAAAGAAAGCAGAAGAGGCCAGGAAACAGAAAGAGGAGGCUGACAAAGAAGCAGAAAAACAGAUUGUUGUCGCCCAACAAGCAGCCCAGAAAUGCAGUGCAGCUGAGCAGCAAGCCCAAAGUGUCCUAGCUCAACAGAAGGAAGAUGGCAUCAUGCAGAAGAAGCUUAAGGAAGAGUAUGAGAAAGCCAAGAAGCUUGCCAAAGAAGCAGAGGCUGCUAAGGAGAAGGCAGAAAGGGAGGCAGCUCUACUUCGUCAACAAGCAGAGGAUGCAGAGCGACAGAAAGCAGCUGCUGAGCAAGAAGCUGCAAACCAAGCCAAAGCCCAGGAGGAUGCUGAGAGGUUGAGGAAGGAGGCUGAAUUUGAGGCUGCUAAACGAGCACAAGCAGAAAAUGCAGCACUCAAGCAGAAGCAACAAGCUGAUGCUGAAAUGGCAAAACACAAAAAACUGGCAGAGAAAACACUGAAACAGAAGUUCCAAGUGGAGCAAGAGCUCACAAAGGUUAAACUUAAGCUUGAUGACACUGAUAAACAGAAAUCUCUCCUAGAUGAAGAGCUGCAGCGUUUGAAGGAUGAAGUCGAUGAUGCUGUCAAACAGAGGUCCCAAGUGGAGGAAGAGCUGUUCAAAGUCAAAGUUCAGAUGGAGGAGCUGCUCAAACUUAAACUCAAAAUUGAGGAGGAAAAUCAGCGCCUCAUCAAGAAAGACAAAGACAACACACAAAAACACCUUGCAGAGGAGGCUGAAAAUAUGAAAAAGCUUGCAGAGGGUGCUGCUAGACUUAGUGUAGAAGCCCAAGAGGCUGCACGCUUAAGACAGGUUGCAGAAGAAGACCUCAAUCAGCAACGAGCUCUUGCAGAGAAAAUGCUCAAAGAGAAAAUGCAGGCCAUACAAGAGGCCUCUCGAUUUAGAGCUGAGGCAGAGAUGCUCCAAAGACAGAAGGACUUAGCCCAGGAGCAGGCACAAAAGCUGUUAGAGGAUAAACAACUAAUGCAACAGCGUCUGGAUGACGAAACAGAGGAAUACCAGAAGUCGCUCGAGGCAGAAAGGAAAAGGCAAUUGGAGAUCAUAGCCGAAGCCGAAAAACUCAAACUUCAGGUUUCUCUGCUCAGUGAAGCCCAGGCCAAAGCUGAAGAAGAGGCUAAAAAAUUCAAGAAACAAGCUGAUACAAUUGCUUCUCGUCUUCAUGAGACUGAAAUUAACACCAAAGAAAAAAUGACCGUAUUGGAAAAAAUGGAAUUCGAGAGAGUAAAUUCCAGCAAAGAGGCUGACGGUUUACGCAAUGCUAUCGCAGACCUAGAGAAGGAGAAAGCUAGGCUGAAAAAGGAGGCUGAAGAACUUCAAAAUAAGUCUAAAGAGAUGGCUGAUGCACAGCAGAAACAAAUCGAACAGGAGAAGACAUUGCUCCAGCAGACAUUCCUUACAGAAAAGGAGAUGCUGUUGAAGAAGGAGAAGCUAAUUGAAGAUGAGAAAAAGAGGCUGGAGAGCCAGUUUGAAGAGGAAGUCAAAAAGGCCCAAGCUCUCAAAGAUGAACAGGAACGCCAGAGACAGCAGAUGGAGGAGGAGAAGAAGAAACUCCAGGCUACCAUGGAUGCAGCCCUCAAUAAGCAAAAAGAGGCUGAGCAAGAGAUGCUGAACAAACAAAAAGAAAUGCAGGAGCUGGAAAGGAAGAGACUUGAGCAGGAAAGGAUUCUUGCUGAAGAGAACCAGAAAUUGCGCGAGAAGCUGCAGGAGCUGGAGACAACACAGAGAGACCAACACACUGAUGUCACCCUUGUGAAAGUGGAGACACAAAACGUUUUCAAUGGCCAAAAUGCUGGUGAUGUAACAGAUAGAGUGGAGAAACCAGAUCCAUUGGCUUUUGAUGGCAUCCGUGAUAAAGUCCCUGCAAGCAGACUUCAUAACCUUGGCCUUUUAUCAAAGAAGCAGUUUGACAAGCUGAAAAAAGGCAAAACCACUGUGCAAGAGCUUGGUGAGACUGAAAAUCUGAAGAGAAUUCUUAAAGGAAAGAACUGCAUUGCUGGUGUUUUGACACCAAAUAAUCAAAAAAUGUCAAUCUAUCAAGCAUCAAAAGAGAAGAAGAUUACUCCAGGCACAGCUAUGGUGCUUCUUGAAGCUCAGGCAGCCACAGGCUACAUUUUGGACCCCAUUAAGAACCAGAAACUUUCUGUUAAUGAAGCUGUGAAGGAAGGUGUGAUAGGCCCUGAACUGCACAACAAGAUGCUUUCAGCUGAGAGGGCUGUUACUGGCUACAAAGAUCCAUAUACUGGUGAGAAGAUCUCUGUCUUUGAAUGUAUGAAGAAGGGUCUGAUAGAACAUGAUCAUGCCAUCAGAGUCCUUGAGGCUCAGCUUGCAACUGGGGGAAUCAUUGACCCUGUCAAUAGUCAUCGUGUACCCAAUGAAACAGCCUAUGAACAGGGACAAUAUGAUGCAGAAAUGAACAAGAUUAUGGAGAAUCCUUCAGAUGAGACAAAGGGAUACUUUGACCCCAGCACUCAGGAACCAUUAACAUAUUCAGAGCUAAUGGCAAGGUGCACCACCGAUCCUGACACCGGUCUGCUAAUCCUGCCAAUCACAGAUAAGGCUGCUCACUGCUCAAGUAUAUACACAGAGGAGGAGACCAAAGAUGUGUUCAGCAAAACAACUGUGUCUGUACCAUUUGGAAGAUUCAAGGGAAAGACUGUCACCAUUUGGGAAAUAAUCAAUUCUGAGUAUUUCACUGAGGACCAGAAGAGGGACCUUCUCCGCCAGUACAAGACAGGCAAAAUCACAAUUGAAAAAAUCAUUAAGAUUGUGAUUACUGUGGCAGAGGAGAAAGAGAAGAAGAAUGAAAUUACCUUUGACGGUCUGAGAGCACCUGUCCCUGCCACUGAGCUCCUGGAAUCUAAAAUCAUUGACAAAGACCUGUACAACAAAUUGCACAAGGGCAAUAUGACAGUCAAAGAGGUAUCUGAAAUGGAGCCUGUCCACAAAGCACUGAAGGGUACAAAUUGCAUUGGAGGUGUACUUAUUGAAUCAUCCAAGGAGACAAUGUCCUUCUAUCAAGCUAUGAAGAAGGACAUCAUGAGGACAGGGCCUGCCAUGAAUAUGCUUGAAGCCCAAGCAGGAACAGGCUAUGUGGUUGACCCUAUUAAUAAUCAGAAAUAUACUGUUGAUGAAGCUGUCAAAGCAGGUGUCGUUGGUCCUGAGCUGCAUGAAAAGCUCCUGUCUGCAGAGAGAGCUGUGACAGGUUAUAAAGAUCCAUACACUGCAAAGACUGUGUCCCUGUUCCAGGCAAUGAAGAAAGAUCUCAUACCUAAAGAACAAGGAAUCCGACUGCUUGAUGCCCAAAUGGCCACUGGUGGCAUCAUUGAUCCAGUAAAGAGCCAUCGCAUUCCUCAUGAUGUGGCCUGCAGGAGAAAUUAUUUUGAUGAUGAAGUAAAACAGCUUCUGAGCAAUCCCACUGAUGAAACUAAAUGCUUCUUUGACCCCAACACAAAAGAAAAUGUCACAUACUCACAGCUCUUAAAGAGAUGUGUCCCUGACAAGAAAACUGGUCUCCAGCUUCUGCCCCUUUCUGAUGAAGCAAUCAAUGCAAAGGAGGAGUCAGCUUACACUGAAGCCCAGACAAAAGAAGCUAUGACUCAGGCAACUGUGGAGCUUGAUUAUGGUCCAUUUAAGGGCAGGAAGGUGACCAUCUGGGAACUAAUCCACUCUGAAUAUCUCACUGAGGAACAAAGGCUUGAUCUGCUAAAACAGUUUAGAUCAGGAAAGGUUACAAUUGAAAAGAUAAUUAAGAUUGUUAUCACAAUUGUAGAGGAGAGAGAGACCCAGAAACGAGAACAGUCCAGCUUCAAGGGACUCAGAUCUCAGGUCCCAGCAAGCUCUCUGUAUGAUUCCAAAAUCAUUGACAAAUCAACCUUUGAUCUCCUUCAACAAGGCAAAACAACACCUAAACAAGUCAGUGAGAAUCCCAAUGUCAAGAAAUACCUCCAGGGCUCUGAUAGCAUUGCUGGCAUCUUCCUUGAGCCGACAAAAGAGAAAAUAAGCAUUUAUCAAGCUAUGAAGAAAAAGCUCCUCAGACACAACACAGGCCUUUCACUUCUUGAGGCUCAGGCUGCCACUGGGUUCAUUGUAGAUCCAGUGAGGAACCAGUGCCUCUCAGUAGAUGAGGCCGUGAAAUCAGGUCUUGUUGGCCCUGAGCUACAUGAAAAACUCCUCUCUGCAGAAAAAGCUGUAACUGGGUAUAAAGAUCCAUUCACAGGCAGCAAAAUUUCACUCUUUGAAGCAAUGCAAAAAGAUCUCAUUCUGAAAGAGCAUGCCAUGCCACUGUUAGAAGCACAGAUGGUUAGCGGAGGAAUCAUUGACCCUGUAAACAGCCUCCGAGUCCCAACUGAUGUUGCAUAUCAAAAGAACAUUUUCAGUAAGGAAACUGCCAACAUCCUGUCUGAUCCAUCUGAUGAUAACAAGUCUUUCUCAGACCCAGAAACUGAUGAGAAAGCAACCUACAGACAGCUAAAAGACAAGUGCCAAAGAGAUCCAGAGACAGGCCUGUACUUCCUCCCACUCUCCAAGCCUCAGUCUCCAACUGUUGUUGAGAAGACAUACCUCUACACAGAGGAACAAACACAGAGUGAACUGACCAACACCCAAAUUGACAUUCCAAUUGAGGGCCUUGCUGAUAAACCACUUAAUCUCUGGGAAGUCAUGAAUUCAAAUUUGCUUCCAGAGUCAGAGAGACAGAAGCUCAUGGAUGAAUAUCGCUCUGGCAAAAUCACUAAAGAGCGGAUGAUCAUCAUCAUUAUUGAGAUUAUGGAGCAGAGAGAGAUCAUAAUAAAUGAGAGUCCACUGUCAUAUAUGACAAUAAGGAGAAGGAUAACCAUAGAGGAGUUGUACAAUGCCCGCAUCAUUGACUUGGAGACAUACAACCUCCUUAAACAAGGAAAGAGGGACAUCCGUGACAUAAUGGAGUUGACCAGUGUGAAACAGUAUCUCUAUGGCACAGGUUGUGUGGCUGGGAUCACAACUGACUCAAGCUCCAAGAUGAGCAUAUACCAAGCAAUGAAGAGAGAUUUUAUUAAACCAGAAUUAGCACUCAGUCUCCUAGAGGCGCAAGCUGCUACAGGAUUCAUUGUUGAUCCAGUAAAGAAUGAGACACUCACUGUUGAUGAAGCUGUUCGUAAGGGUGUUGUUGGCCCUGAGAUUCAUGAUAAACUUCUUUCAGCUGAGAGAGCAGUCACAGGAUACAAAGAUCCAUACAGUGGGAAAAUCAUAUCUCUUUUCCAGGCCAUGAAAAAGGAUCUUGUUCCAGAGGAUUAUGCUCUGAAAAUGUUAGAGGCACAAACUGCCACAGGAGGUAUUAUUGAUCCUGAAUUCCAGUUCCACCUGCCAGCUGAUGUUGCCAUGCAAAAAGGUUAUAUCAACAAGGAAACCAACCAGAGAUUGACUGAUGAUGUUAAAGGAUUCGCCGACCCUGUCACUGAAGAGAAUGUGUCAUAUGCACAGCUGCUCAAGAGAUGCAAGUUAGUUGGUGGGUUGCGCCUCCUCUCCCUUGGAGACAAGAGGCUGAUGUUUAAGGGUCUGAGGAAACAGAUCACAAUGGAGGAGCUGAUCCACUCACAAAUUAUUGACCAACAGACAGUCACUCAACUGAAUGAAGGUCUUGUGUCAGUGGAGGAGGUUAGCCAAAGACUAUCAAGAUACCUUGAAGGCACAAGCUGUAUUGCUGGUGUAUACUUGGAGUCCACAAAAGAACGUCUGUCAAUUUACCAGGCCAUGAAGAAGAACAUGAUUAGGCCAGGCACUGCAUUUGAACUCCUUGAGGCCCAGGCAUCCACAGGAUAUGUCAUUGAUCCAAUCAAAAACCUCAAACUGACUGUCAAUGAAUCAGUGAGAAUGGGAAUUGUUGGCCCAGAAUUCAAAGACAAGCUUCUCUCUGCUGAGCGUGCAGUGACAGGAUAUAGAGACCCUUAUUCAGGCAAGACAAUAUCCCUGUUCCAGGCCAUGAAAAAGGGGCUGAUCCUGAAAGAUCAUGGUAUCCGACUCCUGGAAGCUCAGAUUGCCACUGGUGGAAUCAUUGACCCAGAGGAGAGUCAUCGUCUGCCAGUUGAGGUGGCCUACAAACGUGGCUUCUUUGAUGAGGAAAUGAAUGAGAUCCUGACAGAUCCAUCUGAUGACACCAAAGGCUUCUUUGAUCCCAACACUGAGGAAAACCUAACCUACCUCCAGCUCAUGGAGAGGUGCAUCACUGAUCCUGACACUGGCCUGGUGCUCCUGCUACUGAAAGAAAAGAAGCGGGAAAGAAAGACCUCCUCCAAAUCCUCAGUUCGUAAACGCAGAGUUGUCAUUGUAGACCCAGAGACAGGCAAAGAAAUGACUGUGUAUGAGGCCUAUAGGAAGGGACUCAUUGACCACCAAACCUACCUGGAGCUUGCUGAGCAGGAGUGUGAAUGGGAAGAGAUCACAAUGACAUCCUCUGAUGGCACUGUCAAAUCCAUUAUCAUUGACAGGAGGUCAGGGAGACAGUAUGAUGUUGAUGAUGCUCUUUCACGUGGCCUCAUUGACCAAAAUGCUCUUGACACAUACCGAGCUGGAAACCUGUCUAUCACAGAAUUUGCUGACAUGCUUUCUGGAAACAUGGGAGGCUUCCGCUCUCGCUCAUCCUCCUUUGGUUCCACCACUGGUUCCACCUACUCCUCUCCUAUGAGCCCCAUACCCUCCAUUAAACCACCUGCAGUCAUAUGGAAUGACCCAUCAGAGGAAACGGUGCCUAUAGCUGGAAUGUUGGACAUAGACACACUGGAGAAAGUGUCUAUCACUGAAGCCAUGCACAGAAAUGUGGUAGACAACAUCACAGGCCAAAGAUUGUUGGAGGCCCAAGCCUGCACUGGAGGAAUCAUUGACCCCACAAGUGGGGAAAGAUUCUCAGUGGCUGAUGCUACAGAAAAAGGCCUUGUGGAUAAGGGCAUGGUUGAUCGCCUAAAUCUGGCUCAAAAGGCAUUCAAUGGAUUUGAAGACCCGAGAACUAAAGUAAAGAUGUCUGCUUCCCAGGCUCUCAAGAAGGGGUGGUUGUAUUAUGAGGCUGGUCAGCGUUUUCUUGAGGUCCAGUAUCUGACUGGUGGACUUAUUGAGCCUGAUAUCGAGGGCAGAGUCGCACUAGAUGAAUCCAUCAAGAAGGGCACAAUUGAUGCCCGCACUGCCCAGAAACUGAGAGAUGUCAGUGCUUAUUCUAAAUAUCUAACAUGUCCAAAAACCAAACUGAAAAUCUCCUACAAAGAUGCCAUGGACAGAAGCAUGGUCGAGGAAGGAUCUGGUCUGAGGCUUCUGGAGGCUUCCUCACAAUCCAGCAAAGGCCUCUACAGUCCCUACAAUGUCAGUGGCCCUGGAUCUGCUUAUGGCUCCCGCACUGGCUCAAGGACCGGAUCCCGGACAGGCUCUAGGAGAGGCAGCAUUGAUGCUGGCUCUGGCUUCAGCAUGAACUUCUCAUCCUCCUCCUACACAUCCUCCUCCUCAACUAGCUACAACCGCAGAUUUUGAUUAGCUAGUUCUGUCCCUAACAACUUUGAAAUGCUUAUGUGACUAAGAACCAACAAUACUAAUGCACUUUACAGUUGCAUUUCUUACAGGAAAAAUAGUUACAUUAACAAAAGAAGUAAUAAUUUAUUUAUUCUGCCAUGCAUGUGGUCACAUAAAGAAUUGGCUAGGCUAUUAGUUUUUAUUCAUUUAUAAGAGAUGUAUAAACAUGUGCCUCAUAUAUGGAGACAUAACCAAGCAUUGCUAGAUAUAUAAAAUAUACAUUUUCUUUAGUACUGAUUAAAAUAUCAGUUUAUAUUUUUUAAGGCAAAGCAUGCAAUAUCUGCUGUUUCUUAAGUGACUUUAUAGUUUUCAUUUUACACCUGUUAAAAAGUUGUAUACUUGUGCUUUCUGAAACUAAUAUAUACUGUAUGUAUGUCAAACAGAAAUAUUUUUCCAGUAUUCCUUGUUUCCUUUGAAAUUCAAGAAUAUGUGUCUAUUUUGUUAUCUUUUUUGACAGUACUACUUAAUGAGAUAACGUAUGUCAACAUAGUUCUAAUGUUUUUAACAAAUUCUAAAAUACAUAGAUGCCUUCAAAAUUUCUGAAUGUUUGUAUAGAGUAUGGACAGAUUUUGUGUUUAUUUUUUGUUAUUUGCUGCCAGGGUAACUAAAUAAUAUACCCAGUUAGUUGCAGCACAGAAUGCACCUAUGAGACAUUACAAAUUGAGACACUACAAGAAUACAACACUGAACAGAUUGCCAGAAUUAAAUUAUGCAGAAACCAGUUUCACAUCUGUCAUUACUUUGUACUUAUGCCUAUCUAUAUCCAGAGGACUUGCAUCCUUUUAGUUCAUUACACUACUUUUUUACACACUCCAAGUUUUGGACUCUUCAUAUUCACCCUCAAUCAAGUGUUCCUGGUAAAUCCCAAGAUGAUGUCAGACUAGAUCCUGCACCCCCAUUCAGACCUGCCGCCUCUUAAUUUGGUUCUUCCCCCUCAGCCUCUCACAAUCCAACAAAUAAGCACUGACACACAGUUGGCUAGAGAAUAUGAUAACCCCAAUUUGGAUGGAUAUACAAGUCCAUGUCAUCAUCAAGCAGUAACACAGAUCUGCCAUUGAGUAUGUCCUUUCUUCUGUUGCACAUCACAUUUGAAGAGAGCUGAGGCUGAGUGAACCUGACACCAUCUUGGGAUGCCUUUCUAGGAACACUCUUCAUUCAUUACCUGUUUUUCAUAUAUUUAUUACUUGAUGCUAAUAGUGAUUUGUGUUUCAUAUCCUGAUACACUCCUAAAGCAUACAUGCAUUUGUGUGUGCGUUCUUGACAUUAAAUUGGGAUUUACUGUAGCGGUAAGACAGCACAUCUUCAUUUAGUUAGUCCUAAAUCCACUGAGUAUAUUUUUGUAUUAACUUUCACUAUAAAUUCAGCCCAACCAAAGUGCUAAUACAAGGCAUUUUGAGAAUUAUAUAUCACCACAUCACAUGAAUGUAUUAGAUAAAAUCAACUCAUACAGAUUUCCAUAUGCAAACUGAAAAAGAGCUUGAAUCUUUAUUUUGCUGAGUUAUUUUUCCACAUCAACUGUUUUUGUUAUGCAUCUUUAAAGUGUUUUACCUCUGUAAAUGUUUUUUUGUUUUCAUCAUGUUUUUUUUUUUUUUUGAUAUAUCAUGAAUUUGCCUUGCAUGUUUCACUAACUUUACAAAGGAUAUUUGGGAAAAAUGAAAAUAAAGCCAACUGCAGAUGUAACUGUGCUGAUUUUGAUUU